AUGCAGAAGGUAGCCGACGAGCCACUGGCGUUGCUAGCAUACAACUCUAGAAAUAUAGGGGAGUCAAACCAGGGUGAGGUUGUGGAUAAAGAGAUGGAUAGUCAUGCCUCUGAUAUGUACAAGAUCUUAGUGGAAGCAGACAAGCUGAGGUUGGAUAUACUCAAGCGCAUGAUAGACAUUUUGACACCAUUGCAGGCAGUUGAGUUUCAAGUGGCGUCAAAAAAGUUACAACUGUGUUUACAUGAGUGGAGCAAAAGAAGAGACAUCCAAAUGGGGAUUACACAACUUUUUAAUACAGAUAAUCACUCAUCUUCCGGUGACUCGCUAUAUCUAUGUAAAUUGGUUGAUGUAUAUCUCUUACCAAAAUAG